GAGUCUGUUUCACAUCGACCAUCGUGGAAGCAGCACCACUGCAGCCGCCGCCCACACCAAGCCAAAGCCGCCAGAGUUACUACCGCCGAUAGGACGCAAAGCCGGAGCCGCUACCGCCGACAGGACCACAAGGAGGGAUAGAAAUGGCAGCCCCGGCAGCUCAAAACGCGUCUCAGCAAUUUCUGGAUGACAACCAGUACACCCGUAACAAUAUUCUGCGAUAUGAGAAGAUCUUUGGAGAGACUUUCGUCAGUACGGGAGGACUGCAGACUACCCAGGAGUUUUGCGGCCGUUUGAAUCUCUCACCGGGUCAGCGCGUGCUAGAUGUGGGGGUCGGCACCGGAGGAUCAGCGUUCUUCAUGGCUCGUCAGUUCGGCUGUCACGUGACCGGCGUCGACCUCUCAAAGAACAUGGUGGACAUUGCAGAGGAGCGAAGACGCCAGCUGAGCCCGGAGCUCCAGUCUCUACUCGAGUUCCAAGUGGGCGACGUCACCAAAGUCGACUACCCGGCCGGUUCAUUUGACGUCGUCUACACCCGCGACACCGUGCUCCACAUCGCCGACAAGGCAGCGCUGUAUGCCAACUGCCUGCGGUGGCUGCGGCCGGCCGGUAUACUGCUAGUUACGGACUACUGCCAGGGAGACAGGACGCUCAGCGAACAGUUUGUCAAGUACCGUGACCAGAGAGGUUAUCACCUUCUAACAGUGCCUCAGUACGGUGAGGUACUGCGGAAAGUCGGCUUCCAAGAUGUCGAGGCAAUAGACAACUCGGCCAGUUUCCUCGACAUCCUACGAGCAGAACUCGACAAGUUUGUUCCGCAGAAGGAAGAGUUUGUAAAGGAGUUCAGCCAGAAGGACUUUGACGAUAUAGUCUCCGGGUGGACGGCCAAAAUCGAACGGGUCUCCGAGGGGAGUCAGACCUGGGGUCUGUUCGUGGCGCGAAAACCCAAGGAUGAAUAGGGAUGGUGGAAAUGUACACUGUUAACGAACUGUGUGAAACACGUUAGUCAGUGACCAGUGACGAAAUACACUAUGUACUGUUACCGUUCAAUGUAAAGCACACUGUAAAUAGCCGAUGCAAAACAUACGAGUCACUUGCCAGUGACUACUGGAACAAUACUGUCAGUACGCUAACACUAAGCCCGCAAACGUCACUGACACUGACUGAUGAUGAAACACGCAAUGUGUUACCGACCAGAGUAAAAUACACUAUGAAAUGCUC